GAGUUGAAAGUGAGUUACCAGUGCGGGAUUCCAUUUGAAGAAUCAGCGUCAACUGCAGAAAUAAACGGUUAUUAAAAACAGUUCAGUAUUUUUGCGCAAAUUAACAACUUCAGCUGUUGGAACUUUUGAGAAUAGUGUUGAAAGUGACUCGUAAAUGUUAUAGAAAAAUGGAAUCGAAAAUACCGAAACCGUCGUUGUUGCGAAAGCCAGGCCCUCUUAGUUUGCCUGGAAAUGCCCGUUUGCCUCUCACAGACAUGUCGAAUAUUACGAAUGAGCUGGAUUACUACGGUAAACGAGCUGCCUCUCCGGAAUUGGUUAAUGUGGCCAUUUUGAACCGCGGUAGACUGCGCCGUAGUCGAUCGGCAACGGAUCUCAGCAGGCCGAAUUUUCAUAGACCAAAAUUUGAACCAAGUCUGGAAUCCAUCCCGUCAAUCAAAUUCCUAAAUUCAGGCUCUAGUUCUCAGCAGCCAAAACAGGUUUUUAAACCAUCAAACCUUCGAAGAAGUAUAUCAACCGGAGACAUUGCCAUGAAGAUAGUCAACGCGCAUAAAUCAAACAGUGCAGCUGGCGGAGAUCAGAAUACCCAGUUGAAAAGGCAACUAUCAACCAUGAAUAAACACACACUUCCUGCUAAGAUCACAAAAGUUAACAUUGUGACAUCUGCCACUUCCAAAGUUUAUGCAACAAAACCAGCGGCUAAUGUAGUCAAACCAAAUACAAUUUCAAAGAGGCCAAUAACUACAAUUAACAAAUCUACUUCGAGGCCCCCAUUGACUAAAACGGCUUCGGCAAACUCCAGCACCUCUAGUACCUCUUCCACGGGAGGGGCCGGAAAAAAGAUCAUAAGUAAACGUAUUCCACCUUACGAUUAUAAGGCUCGCUUCAACGAUCUGCUGGAAAAACAUCAAGUUUUGAAAGAGCGAUUUGAAAAUUUACGACAAGCUAACACUGAACUAGAAACUCUGCCACAGAAAUACGACGAAUGCGUUAACGAACUGAAUCAACUCAAACAAGAACAUAAACAACUUCAACAGGAACACGAAAUGACCAAUAUCGAGAACGAUAAUCUCAAACUGAAGAACGCAUCCCUGCAAGCUAACCUUACCGAAAUUGAAGCGGAGUUACACCUAUUCAAAAAAGAAUUCAACGAAGCAGAUAAAGAAAGGUGCGAACUUCGCGAACUUCUUCGGACAAUUCGUGAAAAAACAUUUGCUCUCGAACAACAGAAUGAGACCCUUCUACAGGAUAACGAAAAGAAGACGGAAAUGCUGUUUAAGGCAAACCUAGAACGAAAGGACCUACACAAUGCGGUGAUGGAUUUGCGAGGCAACAUCCGGGUGUUCUGUCGCGUGCGUCCACCAUUGUCAAGUGAGCUGGAACGCCUCGAGUGCCAGUGGAAAUACCUGGACGAGCAAUCACUUGAAAUUGUUGCCACAGACGGCAGUAGCAAGCGGAUGGAAUUCAGCUUCGAUCAUGUGUUCCAUUCGCGUACGUCCCAGGAUGAUAUCUUUGAGAAUGUAGCGCCACUCAUCCAGUCCGCCCUCGAUGGGUACAAUGUGUGCAUCUUUGCGUAUGGACAAACCGGAAGCGGCAAGACCUACACUAUGGACGGCGUGCCUGAGUGCUUGGGGGUGAUUCCACGGACGGUUGAUUUGAUCUUCAAUUCCAUCGAAGAUUACAAACGGCUCGGGUGGGAGUAUGAGAUUCGGGUAAACUUUUUGGAAAUUUACAACGAAAUUCUGUACGAUUUGCUCGACUGUUCGGGUACGACGAAGGACUUGGAAAUUCGCAUGGCCAAUGCAAAGAAUAAAACCGAAGUCUAUGUAUCUAAUAUCAUCGAAGAAACUGUUCGGACAAAAAAUCAACUUAGACAGCUAAUGGGAAUCGCGAAAUCGAACCGUGCAACAGCUGCUACCGUUGGAAACGAACGAUCAUCCCGAUCGCAUGCCGUCACAAAAGUUCAGCUUAUUGGUACCCACCAAGAGAAAGGAGAAUUGAGCGUUGGUUCAAUCAAUUUGGUUGAUUUGGCCGGAUCGGAAAGUCCCAAAACCAGCACCCGAAUGGACGAGACCAAAAACAUCAACCGGUCACUGAGUGAGCUGAGCAACGUUAUCCUGUCUUUGGUGCAAAAGAAUGAACACAUUCCGUACAGGAACUCGAAAUUGACACAUCUACUGAUGCCCAGCCUCGGGGGAAAUUCCAAAACACUUAUGUUUGUCAAUGUUGCCCCGUUCCAGGACUGCUUCAGUGAAACGGUUAAAUCUCUUCGAUUUGCAUCCCAGGUAAACUCGUGUAAGCUGCAAAAAGUACGAAAGAACAAAAUCCUUAACAACUCAAAUGUGUUUUGAAGGGAUUGUUCGUUUUCGUGUUAAGAGGUUGAGAUAGAUUCAGUUCAGGUCAUAUUUUGGAAAUAUCAUACGCUCUUUAUAUGCUAUUUAACUUAACUUGAUUGUUCAAUGCAGAUUUUUAGAACUAUAACCAAAUACUAAUAUCUUUGUUUGAAAUUUUUAAUAAAUAUGUACAUUUUAAA